AUGAGUGGCUGUUCAAAGAGGUGCAAGCACGGAAUUGUCAAAUUUGCCCAGGCUGUUCUUAAACUCAUCACAGGCACUCUUAGAAAAGGAAGUGCAUGGUGGGAACAUCAGUGGCAGCAGGAUAAAAUUGAAGAUGAAUUAGAAAUGACGACAGUGUGCCAUAGACCCGAGGGACUGGAACAACUUGAAGCACAAACCAAUUUCACUAAAAGAGAACUUCAAGUUCUUUACAGAGGAUUUAAAAAUGAAUGUCCUAGUGGGGUUGUUAAUGAAGAAACUUUCAAACAGAUCUAUGCACAGUUUUUUCCUCAUGGAGAUGCCAGCAUGUAUGCACAUUACCUCUUCAACGCCUUCGACACUGCCCAGAAUGGCUCCGUGAAGUUCGAGGAUUUUGUGAUGGCAUUGUCCAUUCUUCUACGGGGAACUGUUCACGAAAAGCUGAGAUGGACAUUUAAUCUGUACGACAUAAAUAAGGAUGGCUAUAUAAACAAGGAGGAAAUGAUGGAUAUUGUAAAGGCAAUUUAUGAUAUGAUGGGAAAAUACACAUAUCCAGUACUCAAGGAAGAUGCACCAAGGCAGCAUGUAGAAGUGUUUUUCCAGAAAAUGGAUAAAAACAAAGAUGGAGUUGUAACUCUAGAUGAGUUUAUUGAAUCGUGUCAGGAGGACGACAAUAUCAUGCAAUCCUUACAGCUCUUUGAGAAUGUCAUGUAA